GAUCGGAUCGGAGCAAUGCCCAAUAUUGCAGUUAUCGGGGCCGGAGUGAACGGAGUGGCCAGUGCCAUUAAGAUACUGGAGCACUUCGUCAACGAGGCAAAAGCGCCGAUCAGAGUGACCAUAAUAUCGGAGGAUUUUACACCCAACACCACUGGAGAUGGAUCGGCAGGGCUCUGGGGACCUUAUUUGCUGGGUGGAACCUCGCAAUCGAAAGUCCACAAAUGGUCGAAGAGCAUGCACCAAUUUCUGGAGAAGAUCUGGCUGAGCGGAGAUGCCGGGGAAGCUGGAGUUUGUUUACUUCCCUGCAUUCGUCUUGGCACCUCCACGGUGGAUACUGUUGAGGAUUUCUGGCGCGACAUUGUCUACGGAGCGGUGGAUCUCACCCAGGAACAGCUUGCUGUCUACAACCAAGGCCGCAGUGUCAAAUUCACGUCAGGCUUAUCCUUUGUUACCUACACAUCGGAGCCCGUGAAGCUACUUCCGUAUUUGAUGAAGCGCUUUCUCCGCAACGGAGGUGCAAUUAUCCAAAAAAAGAUUACCGAUCUGGAGGCAUUUAUAGCCGACUCCGAGUACGAUGUGAUUGUCAACUGCUCCGGCCUUGGAUCCCGGACACUAUUGAAGGACGACCAAAUGUACUCAGUUCGCGGACAGGUUUCCAGAGUGAAGGCCAACUGGAUCUUUUCGGCAGUGUUGGAUGAGAGCGACGAUGGCAACUACAUUAUUCCCAACACCGAGAGCGUCGUCCUUGGGGGAACUCACCAGGAGCAGGAUUACAAUACUCGGGUUUGCCAGCAGGAUAAGAGGCUAAUUGUGGACGGCUGUCGGCGGUUUAUUCCGGGUCUGGAGCACACGGAAAGCCUCUUUGACUGGGUUGGUCUCCGUCCGGGUCGAACCCAGCUCCGGCUGGAAGCCGAGCGACGCGGAAGGAAGCUCCUCAUCCACAAUUACGGACACGGCGGCAGUGGAGUCACUCUGUGCUGGGGCUGUGCCGACGAUGUCCUCGAUAUCCUCAAGGCUGCCAGGAACGGUUCCAAGUUAUAGAACUAAAUGAGUCUUGAUAUUUGAAAUUAACCCUCAAGAUAUUUCAAACUUUUUCUUUUAUUCAUUCGGCAUUUUUGUUUUCUAAUGGAACAAAAAUAAAAUUUGUGUCUGUUGUUGUCAAAUGUAAA